UGAGAGCCCACGUCAGCUUUCUGUAAUAUCGCAUUCCCGGCAACUUGCAACCUUUUGCCCCUUUUGCGCAUAACCUAAAUUUGGUCAGAAUCCUCCUCCGCCUCCUGGUCUUCAAUCGAAUUGGUCCGAAUCCCAACGUCGAAAUCGAUCGAAAUAUCUCACCUUUGUCGUCUUCAUGCUUCCUCUCGAUCCAUCAUGGAUCUGGACACGCUAUCCCCACCUGGCCCCUCCUCCUCCUCCUCUUUCUCCGCGGCUGCUGCCGGCCGCCUCUGCCCCUGCGCCUGCCCCUUCUGCUGCCGACCUUCCUCCCCCUCCUGGCGACGCUCCAUGAAGCGCCGGCUCGACCCCGACGCGGCCGAUCACGGCCCCGCCCGGGUGGAGGUCGAGGACGAGGUGGCUGCCCUCCGAGAGGCCGUGGCCAGCCAACAGGAGACAAUCCAGGAGCUCUGCGCGGAGCUCGACGAAGAGCGAAACGCCGCCUGCUCGGCCGCGAGCGAGGCCAUGUCGAUGAUCCUCCGUCUCCAGCGCGAGAAGGCCGAAGCGCAAAUGGAGGCCCGGCAGUUCAAACGCUUUGCCGAGGAGAAGAUGGACCACGACCAGCAGGAGCUGAUCGCGCUCGAGGACCUCCUCUUCAAGCGCGAGGAGGCCGUCCAGUCUCUCACCUUCCAGAUUCAGGCCUAUAGGCACCGCCUUCUGGGCUACGGUAUCGACCCUGGCGCAGUCGACGUUGCCCCCUCUGGUGGCUCUGUGAACGACGAGCCCGAGACCCCUCAGUCCAACGAGAGUCCCACCUUUGAAUACACUCCUUUGAAGUGCACCUUAACCAAUGGUGUCGAACGCGAAGAGGAUUAUCUCGAUGAGGCUGCUGAUCUUGAAAAAUAUGCGUUCGGUGAAACGCCACAUGACAGAGAGGACCUCGAGAAUUUGGAGCAGCGGAUUUGUCAGCUUGAGGCAUUGCCGGACACCAGCAGCAUGCUGGAGAAGGGCAUCAUCCAGGAGCCACCGGGAUCAUCGAGCCAUUUCAGGCGAUCAUCCACCCAUAGCUGUGACUCAGUUAUGGGCAUGACUUCACAAGAACCAAUGAAAGAGGGAGAAUUCCCUGCCUCGAUGGACAGGCCAUUGGACGACAGUGAUGACACUGAUGACAUGAGCGAUAGGGUGUACACAAUUGAUUCAGUUCAUGGGGUUCCAAUGGUCCAUUCCUCUGAGGAUGGCAUGGAGAAGGGGAAGAGAGGGGAAAUAGAUGGAGGGGCAGAAGGUGGGAGUCCAGAUAUAACGAAUCUGUACACGAGGUUGCAGGCGCUUGAGGCAGACAGAGAGUCGAUGAGGCAGGCUAUAAUGUCGAUGCAAACUGAGAAGGCACAAUUGUUGUUGCUCAGACAUAUAGCACAGCAGCUGCAUAAGGAAGUCUCUCCUGAGAGGAGAAUCACCAAAAAGAAAUCUUCAAUUACAAAUUUCUCUAUUGUUUCCAUGCUUAAGUGGAUAAUGUCAUUUAUUGUCUGGAGAAAGAAAGCGUCACGAAUUAAGUACACAUUUGGGUCAUCAAAUAACGUCGGGUUGCUGCUGCUUCUGGACAAUUCACCUCGAAUUAGUAACUGGAGUUGUAUCACUAGAACACAAGGAUGAUCCCAGCUAUGUUGUUCCACUAGUUUCUGUUGAAAGCAGAUAAGAUUGAUGUUAGCGUGUUGUUGGUUGAUCAUACUUUUGUGUUUGGAAGUGCUUUUUUGUUGUGGGGAUCACAUUUGGUCCCUCCUCCGAUUUGCUUGGUUUUCAUAUUGCCUUAUGUAAUUGCUUUCCAAGCUUGAGGGUGUCCAUGUGGUUUACAAGUAAACCAUGGUCUUGUAUAGUUAGAUGUGCUAUUGAUUCUUGAGAUUGAUCUUGUAAAAAGUUUCUUGGUUUGUAUCCAAGGCAAAAUUGGAACAGGUGUUCCAGUUACACUUUUUGAGUGUGAUUUCUCUACCUUCACCUCAUUUAUGUAUGUGGAAUGUUGUACCUUGUUGGUGGUUCACCAUUUGAUUGUGAAUAAGAUAAGAAAAUGCCUCGGGUUGGAGUUGCUGUGGAUUUUUAUUCA